GACUCAUGAACAAGCCGCACUUCCCACCUUCCAUUGCCCUUCUGUUUCUUCAGCGGCUAGCCAACCUAGACGGUGGCGUUCUUGAUUAGGGUUGGGUGGGCCUCGUCGAUGUAGCGGGCAUCCCACUCUCUCGGCCGAGACCGAUGGGGUCGACGGGCUUGGUGCGCCGCUUGACGCAAGUUGUAGCGGAACCUGCAGAACACAACGCACGAGGAGCUACUGAUUCAGACAACUUUCGAGAGACUAUGAAGGAUGUGACGGCGCUUCACCUCCAUAUUUGGACCGAGUGGAACGAGGACAACGCCAACAGGUGCCGGAAAUGCGCAGCUUCUGGCCCCAUCUGCUCUCGCAAUGGCUGGAGCUCCUCGCCAACCAACUCGAGACCUUGACCCUGUACUGGGACAACCACUGGGGCUUGUUCCCGCCCAUGGACCUCCGCAAGCUGCACUUUACAAGGCUCAAGUCCUUGUCACUAGGCACUUACGUGUUCAGCCUGGACGAGCAGCUCGAAUGGCUGCUUUCUCACAAGACGUUAGAGCAUCUAAGCUUCGAUAGCUGCGCCAUAUGUUCUAACUGGAACAUUCCCGACCCGCCAACGAGCAUCACCUCCACGACGAACUCCGGUUUACCCAGUGUAGGCUCCCCGUCUCUGCGACCUUCGACCCUCAAGCUGGGCUGGGCGAGCUGGGCUUGGAGUGGGUCUUCAAAUACGAUAGAAGAUGGCCGACCUACUUCGCGCGGAUAAGACCUGUCAGUCACCGUGCCAUUAAUUGAUAUCUCAGGCCGGCGAGACCAGCGCAGAACCGACGUAGUCCGACAGUUCCUGCGUCAGCAUCUUCACCAUCAGGACCACCUCAUGAUAGUUCGAGAGUCGAGGACUGGCACGGGUCUAGGCGUCC